AUGUCCGGCUUGGAGAAAACCUGGGAAGUCACGCCCGACCUGACCGAGGAGCAGACGACCUUACUCCUCGCGAUGCUCGACUCGCUGGCCGUGGACACGCCGCCACCUUCGGAAACCGAUAUCUCAGAAGACAAGCCCGACCUUGCGGCGGACCAGAUGGACUGGUUAAGCAGCAUGUUCGAGUCGCUGGAAGCGGACACGCUCGACGCGGAGGCGUUGGACCCGAUCGCGCAGAACCUAACCCCAGCGGGGCGCCGCAUUCUGCUCGACCCGGCCAACAUCAACCCGACCCCGCCGGUCUACGACAUGGCGACCGCGCUGCACACGCUGCGGACGGACAUGAGAACAACAAGCGUCGCAGGGCUGCAGGUGCUGGCGGCGCGACACGGCAGGCACACGCACUUCGCGCGACGGCUGCGGCUCGAGGGCACGCGCACAGGGCCCAACACCCCCUUCCAGCGCAGACCCGACCACACCAUCCAGGUGCCCAUGGGCAUCCCCGAGGUGCGGUGCCUGCACGAUCUGCUCCGGGACUACUUCCCACUGAUCUCGGAGUUUGAGCUGGCGCUGGGCCCCGCGGGCGUCCCCUUCACCGACAUCAUCAACCCCGGGGACGUGCCCAAGUGCCUGUUCCGGAUGCUCAACAGCCUGCAGCGGCGGAUCACGCACCUGUCCCUUGUCUCGGAGGCGGAUGACUGGAACAUCGAGACGCCGGGUAAGUUCUACGUGCCGCGCCUGCAGGACUGCGUGCUGGAGGACCUCGAAGAGCUGCGGGUGCAGUGGCCGUACUUCGUCGACGACAGGAUGGCGUGUCCGCCGCGCGCGGCGCCGCACCCGUGGCUGAAGUUUUACAAGCGCAUCUUCAAGAGUCCGCUCCGCACGCUCGUCCUCGAGGGUAGGGGGCAGCACUGCGUAUUCCCCCCCGUGGGGCCGACCUUCAACGCCAUCCCCGUGGGCGGCUGCAACCUGCGCAACCUGAUGCUGACCAACCUCGUGCUGACAGACUACGACAUGUGCAUCCUGAUCCCGAAGCUCCCGAAGCUCGAGUCCAUCACGCUCGACAAGAUCCAGUUCGAGGGAGACUGGCCGCAGGUGCUAAGGAUGCUCGCGGACCUGUGUCUGUGUCUGGAAAAAUUCAAAUUCCAGGAGGUGAUGUGGGCGCUCGACCGCCACCACCGCCACAACGGCAAAAACGACUACAACCCGGCCCGCAUGGACAACGUUGUCAGCAUCACUCUGAGUGGUUCUUCAGAGGAGGUUGAUAUUCAUCGGGGCCUGCGCCAGCUGGCUUCCUUCGGUGAGACGCUGCGUUGCCGCGCCGAUUCUACCUUGUGA